CGCAUUCAAGCUGCCGUGACACACGUGCAUUUAUGUCGUAGUUACGAACUGCAGACUGUAGACUCCAAAAAAGAUAAUUUACACCUGUUUCAAUGGUGUUAAAGGAUCCUAAUGAAUCACAUAACAAGGACGUUAACAAAAAGCAUCGCCCACGUGUCAGCGGUCGUAAAGCUCAGAAAAAAUGUUCUCAGGAAUCAGCAAAAGCGAACAAUCCUAAGGCAUUUGCUGUUCAACAUACAACUAAAGCAUCGCGUCUAGUCCAGCGUACGCUUGACCACCAAACUAAAAAACAUCACUUGGUGCAAUCCAAAUAUGUUUCGGCUGUCCCACCGCCUUAUGUGGUUGCGAUUGUCGGUCCUCCAAAAUCCGGUAAAAGCACACUUCUUCGUGGGUUGAUAAAACACUUCGCACAUCUGUCUCUUGGUGUCCUUAAAGGUCCGGUAACUGUAGUAGUUGGCAAAAAGGAGAGAUUUACUUUUAUUGAAUGCGGGUGUGAAAUUAACAGUAUGUUAGAUGCUGCGAAGAUUGCUGAUGUUGUUUUGUUACUCGUUAAUGUCCGUGCAGGACUGGAAAUGUAUCAUUUUGAAUUUAUCAAUAUGGUGCAAGCUCAUGGGAUGCCUAGAGUUGUUCCUGUCUUAAACCAUCUAGAUACAUUUAAGGAUUCCAGCUCUUCUCGUGCACUUCGAAGAAAAAUUAAACAUCGCCUGUGGACCGAUCUUAACUCCAAAAUAUUUCUUCUCUCACGUUUCCAACCAAAGAAAUUUUCUUCUCAUAAACCGGAUGAAAAAAAUACAAGCGAUACUCCAGGUGAUUAUUUGUUAAAUGAAGUCAGACGUUUGGCUCGGUUGAUCAUGGUCAAAACUCCUCGCCCUUCAGAUUGGCGUAGCUCUCAUCCAUACUUACUAAUUGAUCGGAUAGAAGAUGUAACAGACAGCAAAAUAUCCGACAAUAUAAAUACUGACCGUUGUGUUAGUUUGUAUGGGUGGGUUCGUGGUGCUCCUCUACCACCAGCGCUAACAUCUCCUGGAAUACACAUCGCUGGACUUGGUGACUUCGCUCUAGUUGAUUGUACUCAGCAACCUGACCCCUGCCCACUACCGGGUAUGCUCACACAUUCUGGUGGUAGUGAUUCUGUGAAGACACCAAGGCAUUUGUCUGAACGUGAUCGAAAAAUCUAUGCUCCAAUGUCAAGUCUCGGUGGUGUUCUAUUCGAUCGAGACGCAACAUAUAUCGAUCUUGGAGGCAGUCAUUAUUUAACUAAUCGAAAAUCUCGACAUGGAAGCAAUCAAACAUCAAAUGUUAGUCAAACUAUGUUAGAUGAAUUACAUGCAACAUUCAAUGAAAUUGGUGGAUUAGAUGAACAAUUAGAUAAGACGCAUAAAAUUCGUAUGAUUAGUAAUGCACCAUUCAUGUCUACAGAGCAUGAUACAAAUGAUCUUGACGGUUCUCAUAAUCUCAAUAAUGAUGUGACAAUGAAAGAUGUCAAUGAGGAAAACAUUGACGAGUCUACUGAUGAAGUACGUGUAUUUUCAGAAGAACCUAUUGCAGGAUUUCUUGUACCAGCUGGAUCGCAGAAAAAUGAAAAUGUCCAAAAAAAAACAAAAUCAGAUUCAUCCGUGUUAAAAAGUGCACAUAUGCAAGUAAAACAAAUAUUGGAUGAUAUCGAAUGGAAAUCUACCACAGUUUCUUUAAUCAACUGGAAUCGUAUUGUCUAUGGUGUAAAUAAUGCUACCAAUGAUUCUCUCUCUAACAAUUCAAAUGAAUCAAUGAUGAUUAUUGAAGAUGAUGAUUGUACACUUUGUCCAGUUUACAAAUCCAUUCAACAACUAUCAUGGGAUGAUUCAUCCAAUCAUCAUUUAAUCUGUGAUCGUUUCACUACUGGUAAAUGGGGUGAACAUGAAGAUGCUCAAACGUUGUUGGAAAAAGAUUUAAAAGCACGUGAAGCAUUUCAAUUGAAUGAAGCGAGAAAAUAUGCUAAUGCAUCACGUAGUCGUGUAGAGCAUACUUUCAGUGGAAAACAAACUUCACAUUACAAUGAUGGUGAUGGUGAUGACGAUGAUAUUGAUUUAGAUAAUUUUGACGGCGGGGAAGGUCAAGACAAUCCCGAUGACUAUAGUGAUGAUGAUGAUGGUGACGAUGGGGAUGACAGUGAAUCACAGAAUGAUGAAGAUCAUCUUGAUCAUGAUAUGGAAGAUGGAAAUAUUUUUCGUGAUUCAAAUUCUGACGAUGAAGAUAAUACUAAUUUUAAUGAUAAUAAUAAAGGUGUAUCAAAUGACUUGACACAUUUAGAAGGUGAAUAUGAUAAGAAUUUACUACGACCAACUAAACGACAAAAAUUAUUACAGAAAAGACAACGUCAUAAAGCAUUGUUUAAUCAGUUGUAUGAAGCAGCUGGUGGUGGCCCGGAAGCUACUGCAUUCUAUGAUAAACUUGUCGCUGCACGUGAAGCACAACAAGCAUUAAAUCGUGAAGUGUUAAAAAGUCUACCUGAAGAACUGGCUAGUCGUUUAGAAGGAUUUCCACCGGGAGUUUAUGUUCGAAUGGAAAUUCGAGGUGUUCCAUAUCAAUUUCUACAACGAUUCGAUCCUUGUCAACCAUUAGUUGCUGGUGGUUUAUCUAGUGCUGAAGAAUCAUUCGGUUAUUUACAAAUACGUUUUCGUACACAUCGUUGGCUUAAACGUGUUCUUCGUUCAAAUGAUCCACUUACCGUGUCGAUUGGUUGGAGACGAUAUCAAACAGUGACGGUAUUUUCACAAGAAGAACAUAAUUUACGCAAACGUUAUUUAAAAUAUUCCCUACCACAUGAACAUUGUUUAGCCACUAUAUAUGGUCCAUUGGUUCCACCAAAAACUGGUAUGAUUGCAUUUGUCAACUCGGCAUGGCAAGCAUUAGAUGAUCCGAAAAAUCCACAUUUACCAACAUUUCGUGUUGCUGGCACUGGUAGUGUGAUUGAUACAAAUCAAUCAUUUCAAAUAAUGAAAAAAUUAAAAUUAAUUGGUGAACCAUAUAAAAUUUUUGCUAAAACUGCAUUUAUACGUGGUAUGUUUAAUAGUCCAUUGGAAGUGAGUAAAAUGAUUGGUUGUCGUAUACAAACUGCAUCGAAAAUACGAGGUUUAGUUAAAGCUGCAUUAACUAAUCCAUCCACAUCGAAACCUGGUGAUUUUCGUGCUACAUUUGAAGCACAAAUUAAAAAAGCUGAUAUAGUUUUUUUGAGAACAUUUUUUGCUGUUGAAUUGCCUAAAUAUUAUAAUCCAGUAUUAAAUAGACUAUUACCUAUUGUUGGAGAAAAAGAUACCAAAACUAUAGGUUGGCGUUUACUUCGUACAUUAAGUGAACUUAAAUGGGAAGCUGGCAUUAAAACUGAAUGUAAUCCAGAUUCACAAUAUAAACCUAUAAAUCGUCCACUACACAUCUCAGCACCUUUACGUAUACCAACUAAACUAGUUGCAGCUUUGCCAUUCGCUUAUAAACCUAAACCAUCACGUAAAGAAGCAUUAGCUAUGCUUGGUGGUGAUCCUGUGAAAGCUGCAUUAAAUGCAGAACUACCUGAACCAGUGAAAACGGUCAAUGAAAUGGAAACCGAGUCAAGACAAGAAUUAAUUCAACGUUUACGUCAAUUACAUUCCGAUUUUAUACAACGUCAACGAGAGAAAAUGAUUCAACGUGUCACUAAACAUAAACAACAAUUAGCGAAAGAGAAUGCAAUCCGAACAGCAAAUGAACGUAAAAGACGUAAACAAUAUUUUGCUCGACAUUCAUCAACUCGUCAUCGAUCCAGUAGUGGUAGAGAGUAA